AUGAAAUCGCUCAGGUUGCCGGCUCCUGUCCUCCUCUGCUUCCUUCUACUGACCAAGGGGUUGGGAGCAGCGCCCCCGGGGCACCCUGAGGCUCAGCCACCUCCCCCCAGCUCUGAGCAUGAAGAGCCGGUAGCUGGGGACGCAGUGCUCGGGCCGAAGGGUGUUAGCGCCCCAGAGGUCCGAGCCGCUAGAAAUUCAGAGCCGCAGGACGAGGGAGAGCUUUUCCAGGGCGUGGAUCCCCGGGCGCUGGCCGCGGUGCUGCUGCAGGCACUCGACCGCCCGGCCUCGCCCCCAGCGCCUGGCGGCUCCCAGCAGCGGCCAGAGGAAGAAGCAGCAGAAGCUCUGCUGACCGAGACCGUGCGCAGCCAGACCCACAGUCUCCCAGCGCCAGAGACCCAGGCGCCCGCGGCCCCGCCUCGCCCUCAGACUCAGGAGAAUGGUCCUGAGGCGGCCGACCCCUCCGAGGAGCUCGAGGCGCUAGCUUCCCUGCUUCAGGAACUGCGAGAUUUCAGUCCGAGCAGUGCCAAGCGCCAGCAAGAGACGGCGGCAGCAGAGACGGAAACCCGCACGCACACGCUGACCCGAGUCAACCUGGAGAGCCCCGGGCCGGAGCGCGUGUGGCGGGCUUCCUGGGGAGAGUUCCAGGCGCGCGUCCCGGAGCGCGCGGCCCUGCCGCCGCCUGCUCCCCCGCAAUUCCAGGCGCGUAUGCCCGAGAGCGGGCCCCUUCCCGAAGCCCACCAGUUCGGGGAAGGAGUGUCCUCCCCCAAAACACACCUAGGUGAGGCAUUGGCACCCUUGUCCAAGGCGUACCAAGGCCUGGGCGCUCCCUUUACCAAGGCGCGCCGGCCGGAGACCUCACUCCUGGGCGGCUCUGAGGCGGGAGAGCGCCUUCUACAGCAAGGGCUGGCGCAGGUGGAAGCCGGGAGGCGGCAGGCGGAGGCCACACGGCAGGCCGCGGCCCAGGAAGAGCGGCUGGCCGACCUCGCCUCCGACCUGCUGCUCCAGUAUUUGCUGCAGGGCGGGGCUCGGCAGCGCGGCCUGGGGGGUCGGGGGCUGCAGGAGGAGGCGGAGCAGGAGAGACGCGGCGGGGAGGAGAGGGUGGGGGAAGAGGAUGAGGAGGCGGCGGAGGCGGAGGCGGAGGCGGAGGAGGCGGAGAGGGCGCGACAGAACGCUUUACUGUUCGCUGAGGAGGAGGACGGGGAAGCCGGAGCCGAAGACAAGCGCUCCCAGGAGGAGACGCCCGGCCACCGACGAAAGGAGGCCGAGGGGGCAGAGGAGGGCGGGGAGGAGGAGGAGGACGACGACGAAGAGAUGGACCCGCAGACAAUCGAUAGCCUCAUUGAGCUGUCCACCAAACUCCACCUGCCAGCGGACGACGUGGUCAGCAUCAUCGAGGAGGUGGAAGAGAAGCGGAAGCGGAAGAAGAACGCCCCUCCCGAGCCUGUGCCGCCCCCCCGGGCCGCCCCCGUCCCCACUCACGCCCGCUCCCCGCAGCCCCAGCCCCUCUCCCCCGCCCCGGCUCGGGACGAGCUGCCCGACUGGAACGAGGUGCUCCCGCCCUGGGAUCGGGAGGAGGACGAGGUGUUUCCCCCGGGGCCCUACCACCCUUUUCCCAACUACAUCCGGCCGCGAACACUGCAGCCACCCGCUGCCUCGCGCCGCCGCCACUACCACCACGCCCUGCCGCCUUCGAGCCACUAUCCCGACAGGGAGGCCCAGGCGCGGCGCGCUCAGGAGCAGGCGGAGGCAGAGGAGCGCCGGCUGCAGGAGCAGGAGGAGCUGGAGAAUUACAUCGAGCACGUGCUGCUCAGGCGCCCGUGA